CUUAUCUAACAUGUUAUUCGUUUUCAGCUGCCCUUCUUGUGUUCGGCACAGAUGCCCUAUUGUUCCCACUUAACAACGGAAAUGAGCCAGAACCAGAGCUGAUCUUCGCAUGUCCUCCACCUGUUGUUCCACAGUUCGGCAGUCUCAGAUGUGAUUAUGGCAUGUUUGAAAUGAACUGUUCGGCCAUGUGUAAUAAUGGUUUCCAGUUUGAGGAUGGCUCACACACUGCCACUGUUAAAUGUGAUUUAUUUGAAGGAAAAUCUACACCCGACAUUCAGAAAUGUGUCAGAAUAGGAGGAGUUGUUACCGACGCCCCAGUUGUAACUGAUAUCCCAAUUGGCUCGAUCACUGGUGUUCCAUCAACUGCCAAAAACUGUGUUCGAUCCCUGAAUGACUGUUUCAGUGUGCCAGCCGGUGAUUAUGCUUAUUGUGAAAAUUGUCGUAUGUUUGCCACGUGCGCCGGAAGUGGAUUUUACGUUCGUAACUGCCCGGGAAUUUCCGUAUUUAAUGCAGCACUGGACCGAUGCCAGGACAAUAGCCCAACAUCAUGUAGACUCAUUGUCUAAGAUUAUUUACAUGGUUAUUUUCAUGUUUAGUCAUUUUGAUUUAGUAAGACUCUUAAACAUUUCAUGUGAGACAUUCAUAAAUAAAUA